UGGUGGUGCCACCCCAACACUGCCCAACCUGACCCCGCGGCACCGGCAGCUCGUCCCCACGCCCUGCGGCCCCAUAAAACCAUGCUCAGAGCUCUCAUUUCCCGUGAAGAUCUACUUCUGUGUCACUGUUGUGUCUCUGCUGAGCGUCCUAGGGCUGACCAUAGAGACGUUUGUCCGGCAAACCGAGGAGGAUUUCACCAUCUCCCUCAUUCAGCUGGUUGGAGUUGUGUUCUGUGUGUACUAUGUGAGCCGAGGGAUCCUGCAGGAGAAUCGCCAGGAGCUCAUUGUCUUCGUGCUCUCCAUCCUGCUCGUCAUGUUCCGCUCCAUCGUCAACUUCACCGUGCUCCCUGCCGAGCAGAAACCCAAACUCCUGGCCAGAUUUGUCCUGAUCCUCCUGGUUGGCUCCUUUGAUGUGAUCUGUGCCAUCAUCCUCAUCCAGAGCCAGAGCAUGAUGGCAUUCCGAGUGGGGGGAGCCCUGGAGAGCCUCCAGGCACAGUACUUCAUGCUCAACCUCUGCUUCUCCAUGCUGACUUUUGAUCUUCAGGCACAGCUCUGCCUGUGCAUCCUGCUGAUCAGCCUGCACGAGAUCACCCUUCUACACAACAUCAUCUCAGCGACAGGUGCUGUGUGGGCCUGCCUGAAGGUCACCAUUGGCAUCCUGGCAAUUUUGAAAGAACUGAAACCUCUAGUGUGGGUUUUCCUGAUGCAAAACAUCCCUGAGGUGGCAUAUCUCAUCUACCUGCUGUACACGGUGGUAAGGGAGUGGGGAAAAGGCAAUUCUUACACCCUGGAAGCUGCUUUCAUCACUGGCUCUUGCAUUUCUGUUGCAAUCAAGUCUGUUCUGUUCUGGGCACUGAUUCAUGUCUAUCGCAGCUUUGGGCAAGGGCUGAGGGAAAGAAGUAAGUACUGCAAAAAGUCAACUGGUGUUUUCUUCCUAUGGAAGGAUUGA